CUUUUUUUCAGGCUUGUGCUACUUCAAAUUUUGUCCGUGAAUUCAAUCAAUCAUGUUGCCAAUUUGGAAAGCAACGAUUUUUGAGGGUCUAGGAAGCAUGUGUUUUGUUUGGGUGGUGGGAGCAUCUUCGACGUCGCUUGGCGCAGGGGAUAGCAUUGGAACCGGCUUAACUUUAGGGAUAAUUUACGCCUUAACGACAUCACUUUCAAUGUAUGCACUCGGCCCGUUGAGUGGAGGACACAUCAAUCCAUUCAUCACAUUGGCCACCAUGGCUUCCGGCAAAUUGCAUCUCGUCCGAGGUGCAGCCUAUGUUGUGUCGCAUAUCUUGGGCUCUAUGGCUGGCGGCGCUCUCGUCGCUGCCGCAUUAGGUCCCGGGGCCCGAAAUACCUCUAAUGGAGGUUGCAUCUUGAGGUCCGAAGAUACUUUCAACCUUAAGCAAGCUUUUGCUUUGGAAUUCAUGGCCACCUUGAUGCUGAUGUUACUUCUCCAUGGUACUGGACUCGAUCGCAAGCAAACCAGAAACCAUGGAAAUCGACUAGCCCCUAUGCUGUUUGGAUUAUCAGUCGGGCUCAUAGCUUAUGCCACCUCCGGAUUUGCCAAUACUCAUGCCUACAUUGGCUCAUCUGGUUAUCCCAACAUCUGCUUUGGUUUAGCAGCUGGAAUCAUGCAGUUUCAAUCCUCCCACUGGGUCUUUUGGGUUCCAGGUUUUGUUGCGGUUGGUUUAUUUGGAUUAGCUUACAGAUUCUUGAACCCCUAUGAAGAUGUAGAGCAGGAAGUUGGUGGUUUGUCAAAAAAUGCUGUCUAUGGCAACCAGUUUCAGAGAGAUACACUGAAUCAAAAUGUCAUGGCAACAGUGGAGACUGAUAUCAAGAGUGUCAACAGCUGCCAUGUCUGAUUUUCUCCUUCCUUUAAAGCUUAGAUCAAAUAAAUCCUUAAAGAUCACAGAAAAUAAGAUACCUGCCAAUGUAACGGACAUAUCCAUUUUGCUCUAAAGAGAAUUUACCACAAAGUUCACAAUUUUACUUUGAAUUAAAUGUCCUGUCAUUUUCAUUUCCACACUUUUUUUUCUUGGUUUCACAUUUUCAACAUGCUCAGUUUUUGUGUAUUGUUUAGAAACACAGUUUUAGAUUUUCUUUACUACUUCCAGAAAGUUUUAUGUACUAGUCUGAAACAAUGCCUAACUCAAGAAGAAGAAUUUUGUUUUU